AUGCAUAAUAGAGUAGGUACCUACACCUGUGAUAGACAAUUUAUAGUUUAAAUAGUUAUAUCUUUAUCUACUAUUCUACUGCAGCUAUCUACUUAUCUUAUAUCUAAAACUUUAAACCACGAACUACUACAUAAUAAAAAUAGCCAUCUAUAAUAACCGCUCUUACAAGUUAGUAUACCCAGUUACAAGUUACAACGCGCGGCAAUGAAUUUUUUUCAUUUCUUCCACUGCGGCAUUCUGACAAAAUAUUUUGUCGUUAAUUUAUUGCGGGAGCAUUAUAUUAUUAUGCGCGUUGCUCACGCCUUGCUUGACGUCUACUCGCUCGCUGCUCGGUCGUGCCUCGUUGUCCGUACUCCGUUACCUACCUGUUAUGCCGGACAGACUAUACAUUUAAGUCCAGAAAUCAGUGACAAUCGCGGAUUAAUAAUAUAUUAAUAUAUUAUUAAUUAAUCCCCUAUGAUGAUUAAUCGAACGCCUAAUAAACGGACAACAAUUAAUGUCGGUCGAGUGCUAAUAAUCGAUUUUGUUUUGUGUUCGUUCAAAUAGACGGUUAACUCAAGAUCGUUUCCGGUGUAAAUCAGCAUACCUACCUGGGGAAUCGACUGUAUUGUUUUAAUUCAUAACAAUUUAUCUCAACGACUGCGAAAUAUGGAUUACAACAGUAUUGAUGAAGAUGAUGUUGACAAUUUAAGGCUAGCAGCUCUUAUGACGUUAAAAAAAAAAUCAUAUUUAUCAAUAAAUACAAGAACUGGUAUGUCAGAAAACAUUUUUCCGCAUAAUACAUUGGCACAUAGUAGUCCCCGGGCUAGUUCCUACAAUUCUCCUGCAAGAAACAAUGGAGGUUGGUUUCCUUCAUCAAAUAAAUCGUCCAGUAAACGUUCAUCACGCCAUGUAAAUUUAAAAAAAUCAGUUUAUUCCAAUAGUAAUUUGAUUUCUAUUGUACCAUCUGAUAUUGAAUGUGAUUUUUACUCUGAUUUGACUAAUUCUACCCUUGCACUUAAUUCUGAGGUUGAAAAGUCAUCGAAUAUUCAUAACUCAAGUAAUGAAGUUUCCACUAAAUUCAGCAGAUUAGAACAUGAAUCUGAGUCUGAAGAAAGUGAUGAUAGUGAACCAGAAAUAAAUGAAAAAGACGAAUCAGAUGAUUGUGAUAUCUUAUCAUUGGGAGAAAAAGAUAAAGAUUUAGAUGACCUCGACACAUUAAUGGAUAUUAUAGAGGCUGAAAUUGCUGAUGGAGUGAACGAAUCAUCUAUCAAUAAAAGUUCAAGUUUAAAAAUAAACAACGAUUGUGUGAUAAAAAAUGCUACUGAAUUGAAUACUAACAGAAAUGAACAAAUUGCAUUAAAUCAACCCAAGAUAAUUGAAGACUCUGAAUCACAGUUAAAUCCAUCUAAAAAAGAACAUGAAUCUAUAAUUACUUUAGAAACCAAUACUAACUCUCCAUCUGAAAGUAGUUUGUUGAAAUCAUCUGUUGUUUUGAAAUCUCCAAUGCCAUCUAAUAUAAAAAGAUCAAUCUCUCCUUAUACUAAAUAUUUAAAUAGAUGUUCUACUACAGUUGGUCAUUCAAGGCCUCAACAUACAUCUUUACCUCCUAAAAAGUUAUCACCAAUAAAAGAAAAAAUUCUUUCCCCAGUCCGAUGUUCUCCUCCAAAAUCUCAGAAUCCUUCAUCGUCUCCAAAAAAAACACAAGUCAUAUCACCUAAUAAUAGAAGACAAUCUCAAUUUAUUGGAAAAAGUAUAUCCCUUAAGAGGAAAUCAAGAUCACCAGAUAAUAGCUAUUCUAUUAAAAAAUCAAAUAGCCCAAUAAAGAAACUAAAGAGAUCAAGACAAAUAUCUCCUACUAUUCGAUGUGCUGAUAAUAAUUAUCACUUACAGAAAACAGUUAAACUUAAGCUUGUUGAUAAACAAGUAGAAACGAGACCAUUUGAUCUUCCUCUAGAACAGGUGCUCGAUGUUAAAAAUUUAUCCAUACAACAUACUGAUUCUGUUGAUCUGAGAACAGAACUAAAAAGACGAAGAGCUCUUCGACUAAAUAUGAAUGAAUUGGAUUUAAAGAAAAAAUCAGAAUCAUUUUAUCCUACUAGGUUAUUACAGUCUGCAAUUAGAGAUGCAGUUGAUUCAAGUGCUCAUGGAGUGAAAAGAAAGGAAUAUUCUAACAAACCAGGAAUAAGAGUACAAACUGAAGGUAAUUCAAAUGGCCGAAGAGUCAUCUUACUUUCAGAAAAUCAAUAUAAUUAUUAUAAUGAUGAAGUAGACUCUUAUUCAAGUGCAAAGAGACUAAAAGGCAAUUGCAAGAAAGUUCCACUUCAUUUCCAGGUAACAGGUGUUCCUAACAAUAAAAUGGAACAAAAAGGAUUAAAGAAGAUCAUUAGGCAAAACAUUAAUGUUACAGAUAUAGAUCAGAUGUAAAUAUUCACUACCAUAUUCUUCAGCAAAACAGAAGUAGCAGCAUUUUAUCGUCAUAAAGUAUAUUAUAAUAUUAUUUUGAAAUUGUCUACUUCAAUGGUUGUCAACUAUAUCUACUUAAAAUGUGUUGAUGCUGUGCAUUUAUAUGUAAUUUAUGUCAUCAAGUUCCAACUUUAAUACAUCAGGAAUCUCACAUUUAUUAUUUUUGUAAAUAAGUUCACCCAUUAAUAUUGUAUUCUCAUUUUAAUUUCAUGUUGAUUAACUCAAAAGAUAAUUUGAUUAAAAAAAAAUUAUCUCUUAAUUACAUAAUAUUAUAUUUAACAUACAUACAUCACAUAAUUAGAUGCAAACUGUUUUCUGAUUUGUAUAAAACAUUUUGUUAAGACUACUGUUCAUGUAUAAAUUAGAUAGAUUAAUUUAAUUUUAAUAGCUAAAUUUGUAAGUUAUUGUACGUUAAAUAACUUU